AUGGGUAAAAUUUUACUGAUAUCAUGUCUCUUCGCGCUAGCCACGGCUGAUCCAUAUGAAUAUCCCAACACCUUGCCAGAUCGUCAAGUAAUGGUGCACUUGUUCGAGUGGAAAUGGAAGGAUAUCGCUGCAGAAUGUGAAAAUUUCUUGCAGUAUUAUGGAUACGGAGCCGUACAGGUCUCACCACCUAUGGAACACAUAACACUGAUUCAAAAUAAUGACAUGCCUUGGUGGGUCAGAUACCAGCCAGUCAGUUACAAACUUAUCUCACGUAGUGGUAACGAGGAAGAGUUCAAAGAUAUGGUUGACCGAUGUAACAAAGUUGGAGUGAGAAUCGUUGUUGAUACUGUCAUCAAUCACAUGACCGGAGCUGGACAGAAAAAAGGAGUCGACAGAGAUAGCAGCGGCGGUUCAUUCUUUGAUGCAACGGAGGGAGUAGAAAGCUUCCCAGAGGUAGUCACAGAAUGGAGGCGACUUGCUUUCUCUCGCGGUGGUAAAGGAUUCUUCGCCAUUAACGGACAGGAUGAUCGCUGGAACACAUACGAUGACCCCAAUACCUUGCCGAACCGAGAAGUAAUGGUGCACUUGUUCGAAUGGAAAUGGAAGGAUAUCGCUGCAGAAUGUGAAAACUUCUUACAGUACUUUGGAUAUGGAGCUGUACAGGUCUCUCCACCUAUGGAGCACAUAACAUUGAUUCAAAAUAAUGAUAUGCCGUGGUGGGUCAGGUACCAGCCAAUCAGUUACAAACUGAUCUCACGUAGUGGUAACGAGGAAGAAUUUAAAGAUAUGGUUGAGCGAUGUAACAAAGUUGGAGUGAGAAUCGUUGUUGAUGCUGUCAUCAAUCACAUGUCCGGAGUUGCACAGAAAAAAGGAGUCGCUACCAGAGACAGCAGUGGCGGUUCAUUCUUUGAUGCAACGGAAGGCGUAGAAAGCUUCCCGGAGGGUCCACAACCUCAGCCCACCUUCCCACCAGUUCAUUACGAUGACCCGUACGAUGAUCCAAAUACCUGGUUGAACCGAGAAGUAAUGGUACACUUGUUCGAGUGGAAAUGGAAGGAUAUCGCUGCAGAAUGUGAAAACUUCUUACAGUACUUCGGGUAUGGGGCUGUACAGGUUUCACCACCUAUGGAACACAUAACAUUGAUUGAAAAAAAUGAUUUGCCAUGGUGGGUUAGAUACCAACCAGUCAGUUACAAACUGAUCUCACGUAGUGGUAACGAGGAAGAAUUUAAAGAUAUGGUUGAGCGGUGUAACAAAGUUGGAGUGAGAAUCGUUGUUGAUGCUGUUAUCAAUCACAUGGCCGGGGCUGCACAGAAAAAAGGAGUUGCUACCAGAGACAGCAGUGGCGGCUCAUUCUUCGAUUCAACGGAUGGCGUAGAAAGUUUCCCAGAGGUGAGGAAGAGGGGUUGA